AUGAAGAUUAAAUACCGUCCCCUCGAUCGCGAUAAACAAGAGAUCAGGCUCUUGGAGCUCUUACCUGGAAGCCGCGACAGAAAGCGGAAACUCUUUCCUACUUGUCGCAUCUUCCAUGCUUGUCUUCCCGCUAGACCACACUUCACAGCAUUAUCAUAUGUUUGGGGAGAUGUCAAGAACAAGCAAGUCAUACUUGUUGACAAUUCGCCAGUGCUCGUAACAAAGAAUCUUUAUGAAGCAAUGAUGGCGCUUCGUCCGAUCAAUGAGCCCCUGAUAAUAUGGAUUGACGCACUCUGCAUUAAUCAAGCCGACGAUGAUGAGAAAAGCUGGCAAGUUGGUUUGAUGCAAGAAAUCUAUCGCCAAUCACAUCAGGUACUUGCUUGGCUCGGGUGUGCAGAGAAUCAAAGCGAUUCCGUCAUUGAACAUUUGGAUUACCUUGGAGGAAAGGCCGAACUCUUGACUUCCGAGAUUCCAAGUCCAUGGGAAUAUGCCCGGCAGAACCUACCUCUUGUGCUUGACUGUUUACUUCGUGGAGACAUUUCGACUGCCGAAAUGAUGAAGCAAUUGGGAGGUGCAAGAACUCUGACUCGUGAAGACUACAUGCCAUUCUUUGGCUUCAUCGAUGCGUACUAUGAGCAGAACGGGCUGGAAAGGAUCAGAGCAUUGAAAGACUUCAUUACUCGGCCUUGGUGGGGACGUAUUUGGGUUCUUCAAGAAAUAGCUCUGCCAAAGAAUGCUCGGUUUGUUUGCGGAACCAAGACGCUUUCCCGAGAUCGUUGCGCCGCAGCCAUAAGGACUUAUAGGAUGUGGUGGGGGAAUAUCGCGGAGAAAGCUACGGCCGGCAACCUGCUCUCGCUCCGGCUCUACCAGCAACAAGCCAUGAUACAGCUGCCAUUACACAGGCCUACUGUUAUGCUGUCUGUACGAAACUUGUACAAGGAUGACCAAUUUACGUUGGCUGCCCUCCUUCGUGCAACUUGCGUCGGGAGCCACAGCCUCCGACUUCAUGGACCGCAUCACAUGGAAGCUACAGACCCAAGAGAUAAAAUAUAUGCUCUCUUGGGUUUAGCAUCCGAUAGUGAGGAGUUGAAGAACAAAGGCAUCAUUCCGAACUACUCAAAGUCAUACACCUAUGAGGACUUGUACUCUUCAGUCAUGGUAGCCUUGAUCCAAGCGGGAUAUAUUUCUCUUCUUUCUCUUUGCCAGAACGCAGAAUCUCGUACAUCCCUACCUUCAUGGGUUCCAGACUGGUCAAGGUCAGUAACUCAUAUGUUGCAAGAUGUAAAAGACGAUCAUGUCACCAUUUAUCCUACGUUUUCUGCUUCUGGCAAGAGCCUGGACUACCCGGACGUUUGCGUCACAAGAAACGAUGGAACAAUUAAAGGGAUUUCAUUAAAGGGUCAUGUCUAUGAUGAGAUUUCUCAUGCCGGAUCGUUCCCUGAAAGAGUUUCGAGUCAUGAAGUACCACUCUCUGAAACAUUCACAUGGCCUAGUCGAUGGCUUGCCGAGUUUCUUCUUCUUACAUAUCACAAUCGACAGGCCUACACGGAUUUUGAGGACCGACUGCGAGCAGCAGCUAGAUCCUCAAUAGGCGGAGUAGGUUGGGGUGAAGAGGGGCGCCAAGCAAGAAUUGGGGAUAACCGUUUCGAUGAUGCGGUAAUUCUCAUACGCAAUGGUCUCAAAUAUAUACGCAAAUCCCGCAUAAAAUUGGAGGUCGAGCGAUUCCUAGCCGAGAAGGCUAAUAGAAAAGACAUCAAGGCCAGCCCUUAUAUGGAAAUUAGACUGACUAACGAGAUUAUGGGCCAGAGCUUAGGGAGACUUCCAUUUAUCACCAGGAAAGGUCACUUGGUCUUGAGCUAUGACAGUGUGAGGAAGGGAGAUAUGAUUGCGUUGAUCAAGGGAACUCAAGUCCCCUUUGUCCUGCGUCGACAGGAUGAGAAAUCGUAUCUACUCAUUGGCGAGGCGUAUGUCGAUGGUAUCAUGGAUGGUGAAGCAGUAGAAAACUCGAGUUUCGGUGAUAUACAUUUAGUUUAG